AUGCUCGUUUGGCAGCACACCCUUCUAGUACUAAUCUCAUCAAUCUCCUUAAUCUCCCUAUUAAUCAUGUUCAUCUGCCGCUACUACUGCUUCAAACGCCCGGCCCGACCCGACUCCAUCCUCGACCCGGCCCCUCGCAGCCCGACCCUGCAAGACGGAAUUGCCAAGCUCCACCACCGCGCCGGCGACGAAUUUCUCGACAGCAAGAGGAGGGGGAACUACUACGCCUUCAAGCGCGGGCCUUCCGCCCGGCCGCUGUUCAAUUGGGCCGAUCACCCUUCCUUAAUCACCGACGCCGUCGAGAACGGAUGGACCCGAUUCGGCUUCGUCGCCGCACAACCGACGGCCGUUUCCGGCUCCGUCAGAAACUCGAUGCUCCUCGGCCUCUGCGCCGCCUCGGGAGAUGAUUAUCAUUACCCGCCGCCGGAGAUGAGCUGGGAGGUGAGCCAGGCGUCGGCGGAUUUCAUGCAGAGGAUCCGCCUGAAUCCCGGGUUGAAGCGGGUAGCCGCCGUCGGCAACCCGGCGGUCACGGCGGCUUCCGUGAUCAGAACGGCUCUGCCGCUGCCGGGCCCGCUUCCGGCAUUUCCGCAGGAAGCCUACUUCGAGGUCACAAUUUCGUACUCCCGCAGCGGCAACGGGGGAGGGGAGGAGCAGAGUCAGAGGAGCCGGUCGUCUUCGGCGGCGGGGAAGGGGGAUGGUGGCGGGGAAGGGGAAGGGGAGAAGAUUAAAUUGAUUCGGGAAAUUCCGAAUCCGAAUUCGAAUUCGGCGGCUUUGCUCCACGUCAGCAGCAGCCAGAGGAUUAAUAGGAUUGAGGAGCUGAGGGUUUCCUCCGGUGGGAAGGAUGAGAACAGGGGCGACGGUGUUGCGGUGGCGGUGGGGCUCUCUGUUGGCGGCGGUUUCCCUCCUUUUAAGCUCCCCGGUAGCUACCAUGGCUCCAUCGGCUUCAACUCCAACGGCUCCGUUUAUCUUGAUGGUCUGAAGCUAGCAUUCGAAACAGAGCCAUCAUCAUCAUCAUCAUCAUCAUCGGAGUGGGCAAGAUCCGACAACAGAGUAAUCGGGUGCGGGUACGACCCGAGACAGAAAAAGGUGUUCUUCACGGUGGACGGCGACCUGGUCCACAUCAUCCACUGCAAGGCGGACGAGUUCGGGACGCCGCUGUACCCGACGAUUGCCGCCAACAGCGACGCGGUGGCGGUGGUGAACCUGGGGCAGAGCGCGUUCAGCUACGCGCCGGCGAACGCGCAGAGGACUCCGAACCCUUGCUUCGUCGGCGGGAUGCAGGGGAAGUCCCCCGGUGGCGGUGCUCUCGGGUACGAGGACAGCAGGGAGCUGUUUUCGAUGGGGAGAAUCGAUUCGCAGUGGCUGGACAGGAGCGGGUCGAGGUAUUCGUACAGCAAUGGCGGCGGGGGAGGGAAGAAUGACGUGGCGGCGGCGGAAAGGGAGGAUGACUCGGAGGCGGAUUUGUUCGAGAUUGUGUUGGAGGGUGGCGGUGGGGAAUCUCCCAACUCUGUGUUGUAG